AUGGACGACGAAAUGUUUGAAGAUCAAUAUGGGCAGGGCGAUGAUGAUACCUUGCCCCCGCCACCCCCAGAUUUCUCAUCUAUGCCCGACGACCUGUUCUCUCAACUUCUCUCACCUUUUGACACCCCCAGUUUGCUUUGGUCUCAGUCCUUCCCAAUUGCUCUAGACAACCAUCCAAGAGGAUUUAUGCGCGCCGACGAAAUCUUCACAGAGAACGGUGGGCCGAUCCCGCUGCCACCGAGGUUCGCUCAGAUCAAGCGAAGUCUUGUCGCGGGGAAGGAGUACGCAAUAGUGCAAUCGUGGGAACGUCUGUUAGUCGCCCUCCGCGCCGAGAUCGCGGUGAUUGGCGUCACCAAGUCCGAUAUCAUUCCAACCAUUGACUUCUCGGAGCUCCAAGAUCACUCCCGCGUGUCCGAGUUCGCCGCCAAGCUCCGACGCCGAGGUGGUGCCGUCAUUCGCAACGUCGUACCGGCCUCGGAAGCCCAUGCUUGGCGGGAGGAGACGGAGACUUACCUCUCAGACAACCCACAUACCAAGGGCUGGCCAACGCGCGACCCUCACCUCUUUGGAAUUUACUGGUCCCCGGCACAGAUCAAGGGCCGUGCUCAUCCCAAUGUCCUCGCCGCCCAGCGCUUCUUGAUGGGCCUCUGGCGGCCCCGGGAUCCGAACGCUCCCGUGGCGGUUGAUCACCCCGUGGCAUACGCCGACCGUCUAAGGAUACGUACCCCCGGAGAUGAGGCCUGGCAUUUGAAUGCUCACGUCGAUGGUGGCAGCGUUGAGCGUUGGGAGAGCGAUGGCUACGGGAACGCUGGAACAUAUCAGCGGAUCUGGGACGGACGGUGGGAGGACUAUGACCCCUGGGACAGCAGCACCCGACUCAAGGUUACCUCAGACCUCUACAACGGCGCGGGCUCAUGCAGCAUGUUCCGCAUGUUCCAAGGCUGGCUCUCCAUGUCCGAUAUCAACCCGGCCGAUGGCACCCUUCUGCUUUGCCCAAUGCUCCAGCUCGCCACGGCCUAUUUCCUCUUACGCCCUUUCUUCUCGCCACGCAAUUCCACGCCGACUUCUCCAGACUUCCUCGCACGUGAGAAUUGGGCGUUGGACUUCGCCCAAACGAGCUUCAUCCAGGGCGCCGUGCCGUCGUACACACAAGAACUCAACUCAGUACUUCACCCGCACCUACAGCUUGACAAGUCUCUCGUGCGCAUCCCACCUGUUCGACCUGGUGACUACGUUGUCUGGCACCCGGACAUGGUGUACGGUGUUGACAGGGUGCCGGUGUCGUCGGCGCCUGCGACAAUUAUGUACAUCCCGGCCUGCCCCCUGACGCAGACCAACGCGCUAUACCUCGCCCGCCAGCGCAAGGCGUUCCUCCUCGGUCAGCCGAGCCCAGACUUUGGGGGCGGUAAAGGGGAGACGACGCACAUGGGUCGACCAGGCGUGCAAGAGGUCAGCGAUGCGGGCGGGGAGGACGGACUGAGGGCUAUGGGUUUGUUGCCGUGGGAGGAUAAGGAAGGGAAGAGUCCAACAGAGAAGGCGCUGGUAAGGAUGGCGAAUGCGAUCUUGUUCCCUGAGAGCUACGAUAUGGUUUAG